AUGUAUCUGGUCACACUCAUAUUCCUGGUGACCGCUUCCUCUAUCGUGUAUGCGGAGUCAGCUAACCAAACGACCCAUUCCGCAACUGCAGACUUCAACACCAUUCUUCUAGUUGUUUCCGAUCUUACCAAGCGCGUUGAGAGACUGACGAAAUAUCGGGUAAAUGAUCUCAACGUUAUCGCAUCAUUGGAAGCAAAAAUUGACCUUGUUGAAAAGACAAAUCAUCAGAUUUUAGAAGAGAAUCGCACCUACAGGAACAGAAUCAAAAACUUGGAAAACCUUCACCAACAACAUGGCCAAAAAGUAUCUACCAGUGUACACCACAGCAAGCAAAUACGAGGCGCACGACGCCCACGCAGACAGUUGUUUAUGAAUUGGAUUAACUAUGAAAAUACCAUGAAUGAAAAUCCCAAUGAAAAUAAUAAAACAACAGACACAAUUCAUAAAGCAACUGAUAUCCGAUCAAUAAUUGAGGAACAAAAUAACCCCCGAAUCAAUCAAGCUAGAUCGCACACAAACAAGAUGGAGAAUAGGAAGCCUCAACAGGGAGCCCUACGUGUUGGAGCACCAACAGACGGCAGCGUUGCAUUUUAUGCGUAUCUGUCCGCCAGUAUAAACGAACCUGGUGAUGCAUACACAAUAAAGUUUGAUCACGUGAUCACAAAUAACGGAAACCAUUACAACCCUGUGACAGGGGCAUUUACCUGUCCAAAAGACGGUGUCUACGUCUUCAACUGGAGUAUAGGUAGAAACAGUAUUGGGUUUAUCCACUCGGAGCUAAGGAAAAACGGAGCCGCUAUUGGAUAUUCCACGAGUGCAGACGACCAUUACCCCACAGAUUCGUCACAAUCGUCAGUACUGGUGCUGAGUCAAGGAGACGUGGUUACAGCAGCUGUCACAGGGCAUUCCUCGUCACCAAAACUCUGGCGAUAUCAUACUUCCUUUACCGGAUUCUUGAUACACUAAGACACAUUCAAUGACACCGUUUAGACCAUGUAAAUAUAAUUCUCCUACAACUACUAUAUUUCCUUACUUCCAAUUCAUUGAAUGGGCGAAUUUUCUUUUUAC